UCGUUAUUUUACAAACACAAAGAAAAUGAGAAGAGCAGAGUAGCGCCGCCAAAGCCACUUGCAAAGUGAAAACCUGAGAAUCAGCUUCCUUUACCGUCUUUAUCUCUGCAUUUUAAGUGAAGCUCUAAAAAUACCAACGCAACGUUUAGCUUACUCCACCGUCGUUUCUGGACUCAUAACACUAUGGCGUCCAUAAUAUUCACUGAUCCUUCUUCCGCUGCCGCCGUCCAUCGCCUCUCCUUUACCCGUUUCAGCAAUGGUCUCGUUUCCCUUCGCCGGUUUGUGGGUCCACUUCAUGUUUUCUCACAUACCCCUACCCUUCCUCGAGCCCUCUCUCUCCACGCUCCACGUUCUUCUCGUUUCAUUACUGCUUCAAUGGCUGCUGAGCCAUCCGCUAAGGUGAUCGAUGGGAAAUCAGUGGCAAAGCAAAUAAGAGAAGAAAUAAGUGCUGAAGUAACAAAGCUGAAGGAAGCAAUUGGAGUUGUUCCUGGAUUAGCCGUUGUUCUAGUUGGGGAUAGGAAGGACUCUGCUACUUAUGUGCGGAACAAGAAAAUAGCUUGUGAAUCUGUAGGGAUUAAGUCCUUUGAAGUAAAUUUACCUAAUGAUGCUUCUGAGCAAGAAGUUCUCAAGUAUAUCUCUGACUUCAAUGGUGAGCCUUUGGUUCAUGGCAUCCUUGUUCAAUUGCCUCUACCUUCUCAUAUGAAUGAGCAGAACAUUUUAAAUGCUGUUAUGAUUGAGAAAGAUGUGGAUGGCUUCCACCCAUUGAACAUUGGUCGUCUUGCCAUGCGAGGUAGAGAACCCAUGUUCGUUCCAUGUACCCCUAAAGGAUGCAUAGAACUAUUGCAUAGAUAUGGUGUUGAUAUUAAAGGAAAGAGGGCUGUUGUCAUUGGUCGGAGUAAUAUCGUUGGAAUGCCUGCAGCUCUGUUACUGCAAAGGGAAGAUGCUACUGUAACUAUUGUCCAUUCUAGAACCAAGAAUCCUGAGGAAAUUACAAGACAGGCAGAUAUCAUAAUAUCUGCUGUGGGGCAGCCAAAUAUGGUGAGAGGUAGCUGGAUAAAGCCAGGUGCUGUUAUUAUUGAUGUUGGAAUAAAUCCAGUUGAGGAUGCAAGUAGUCCUCGAGGAUAUCGGUUAGUUGGAGAUGUUUGUUAUGACGAGGCCUGCAAGAUUGCUGCAGCCAUUACUCCAGUUCCAGGGGGUGUAGGUCCUAUGACAAUAGCAAUGCUUCUCUCUAACACAGUCAGUUCAGCAAAGAGGGCAUAUAACUUCAAUUGAGAAUUUUAUCCAUUUGGCUCAAGUUGCACUUGUGGCAACUUGUCUAUGUUGCUGGUUAGACUCUCCCUUUGACUGCAUUUGAGUGCUCAAUUCACUAAACAAACUUGCUCGGCUAAUCCAUUACAAAUAAUACGCUUUAUACAAAUGUUAUCAUAGUGACAGUUCUGUUUUGCCAUAACGAAAUACAUUGAAUGAGUGUAGAUUCAAGGUUCUGAGACUGCCAUAAUGUUCAUAUGAAGCUUUUUCUCAAGUAGCAAUGUUAUAGACUUAGCUUUUCUGUGCUAAGCUUCCAACUAAACAUUGCUCCUUUGGAUAAAUACCGCGUCAAUUGUAACAAAGCUUAAUUUUGGCAACAAUCAAAAAGUCUAGUCUUGUUAGUUGUGAAACCACUAGUAUGCAUUUAUUUGUUUUUAUAAGAGGAUUUGAUCCUAAUUUGGUUUAAUCCUGUUUUUGUAUAUGCAAUGAUCGCCAAAAGCCGACUUGUUUCUCUUAGAUUAUAGUCAAAGAAUCGUGAUACAAUAGCGCUUUCAAUUGCAA